CGCUCGGUGCCGGCCGCCAUGGGGGCGGCGGGCGGCCGGCACGGCUUCUACGUGGGGCUGGGGCUGGCCCUGGCCUCCAGCGCCUUCAUCGGCGGCAGCUUCAUCCUGAAGAAGAAGGGGCUGCUCCGGCUGGGCCGCCGCGGCCGCGCCAGGGCAGGGCAAGGAGGACACGCGUACCUGCGAGAAUGGCUGUGGUGGGCAGGGCUGCUGUGCAUGGGAGUCGGAGAAGCAGCAAAUUUUGCUGCCUAUGCCUUUGCCCCUGCAACGCUGGUAACUCCGCUGGGUGCUCUAAGUGUCCUUGUUAGUGCAGUUCUCUCUUCCACCUUCCUGAACGAGCAGCUGAAUGUUCACGGCAAGAUUGGCUGCCUCCUAAGUAUUCUGGGCUCCACGGUGAUGGUAAUCCACGCUCCCCAGGAAGAAGAGGUUUCCAGCCUGGAGUCAAUGGCAGAGAAGCUGAAAGAUCCAGGAUUUAUUGUAUUUGCUGUGUGUGUCCUGGUGAGCUCCCUUCUGCUUAUCUUUGUGGCGGGACCCCGUUACGGACGGAGCAACGUCCUGGUUUAUGUGUUGGUCUGCUCCGCCAUCGGCUCGCUUUCUGUAUCCUGUGUCAAAGGCCUGGGGAUUGCCCUGAAAGAACUGUUUGCCGGGAAGCCAGUCCUGAAAGAACCACUGGGCUGGGUGCUCCUGGUGUGCCUGGUGAUCUGCAUCAGUGUCCAGAUCAACUACCUGAACAAAGCCCUGGACAUCUUCAACACGUCCGUGGUCACACCCAUUUACUACGUGCUGUUCACCACAGCAGUCAUGACUUGUUCUGCCAUCCUCUUCAAGGAGUGGCAGCACAUGGUGCUAGACAACAUCAUCGGCACCAUCAGCGGCUUCCUCACCAUCGUGUCCGGCAUCUUCCUCCUGCACGCCUUCAGGGACGUGCCCUUCACCCCCGACCUCCUGCCCCUCUUCCUGCAAGGCAGGGCAGACUCGCGCACAUCGUGGAGGAGCGCAGACAGACAUCAGUCGUGCCAGCACCAGCCUCUUCUGCCCUCAGAGGACAAAGGCUCUCAGAGUGUGGAAGAGGAAGAGGAGGAAGGUGAAAGCAUGUGAGGAAGCCUCUGAAGUGCUAGCUUCCUGCUCCCACCAGCAAGCAGCUCCACUGGGCAAGGGUGAGCUUGCUGCACCAGAUGCUGCUAGUUACUGUGCUUGUGGGAGUUAGCAGUCACCCGCCUGGGGCUCAUGAUCAGUGACUUCUCGCUGCCGGGAGGCUGCCGGGGACAGCAGCCUCCUGCAGCUACAGACACAAGCUCUGGGAACAGCCCCGCUGCCAGGAUCUAGUGCCUCUUACCUGUUCUUUUAUAUGAAGAAUCAAUCUGCCCUUGUCAGGACACAGGCUUUGACUGUGCAGAGGUCUGCAGCACUAACACAGUGCUGACCCUUACUGAAUGCAAAGGCCACGUGCUACGGGAGGCCUCAGAGCAUUUUCUUUUUUAAAGAUUAACAGUUACAAAGUAAUCUAACAUGGUGCUAAGAUUACAUAGGGCCAGACAUCUGUCUUUUCUCCAAAGGUGACAUAGCCAGAGUACUAAUUCAAAAAUUCUUCCGUAAAAGUACUCGUUCUGCUCACUCUGCUAGAAUUUAUUUACAGAUUCACAUCCAAGAACAGAAUACAGCCAACACUGGAAAACUUCAACGGUGCUGCCAUGUGCUGCUGUGGCUCUCAUAGAGGGACCAACCUCUUUGUGCAAUGUCUGUUGUGCAGGUUGAGGAAGCACCUGCUUACAGUAUUAAAAACAGAUUAUUUGUUACCAAG